AUGGCUGCAGGGAUGACAGUGCCUGUGGCUGGUCCCAUGUACUGCAUGCACCGUGGAGCUGAGCCCAAUGCCGUCAUGUGGUGUGAUUUGGUUUUGUCGUUGCUUACUUGGGUUUCACACCAUCCCAAGAGUGGGCAGGACAGGGGCUCUGCCCUCAGAAAAGGGGGCACUUUCUUCAUGUCUCACACUCACAGGAUCGCUGUGUUGACACAGCCUUGCUCUGUUCACCUCAGGACAAUGUCUGUGUCCUCCCUGGGCCCUCUGGAGCUCUCCAUGAGAGUGGCCUUACUGGCUGUAGGAGAGAGUGCACAGGUUCAGGGAACAAGUUUCCGAGGCUGGAAAGAAGUGACUUCUCUGUUUAAUAAAGAUGACGAGCAGCAUCUCCUGGAAAGGUGUAAAUCUCCCAGGUCCAAGGGAACUACUUUACGAUUAAAAGAAGAGUCGAAGACAGAGAAGAAGUCUGGAUUUUGGGACAAUUUGGUUUUAAAACAGAAUAUGCAGUCUAAGAAACCAGAUGAAAUUGAAGGCUGGGAACCCCCAAAGCUUGCUCUUGAAGACGUAUCGCCUGGUUCUGAGGAUGCUGUGGAUGGCCACCCAACCUGGCCGGGCUGGGAGGGUGAGGCCAAGGGCUCAACCAAGUACAUCAGCCUGACCAGCUCAGCAGGCAGCUCCAGGUGGAGCCUCCGCUCGGCGGGGAAGCUAGUCAGCCUGCGGAGGCAAAGCAAAGGCCACCUGACGGACAGCCCGGAGGAGGCAGAGUGAGGAGAAGCCAUGGGCCUCUCAUGGAGCUUCAGGAGUGUACUGAGUCACGGUGGCUUUUUAUUAGUAUAGCCUCAAGUUGUUGAGUCCUUCCCAUAUUAAAGAGGAGAGAAUCUACUUUUUGCCUGUUUUUCCUAUUUGGACCUCUAUUUUCAUUGUCAAAUGAGGAGCUCACACACACACUGUGAUUCCUUGGUGGACACGUGCAGGGAUUGUAUGUUUGGUUGCCUUAUUGUAGAAAUGUCCACACACUAGAGCCCAUGUUUUGCAGAACCCGGAGAUGUGAAUGUUUGAUGCUGUCCCUUAAGAUAGCAGUAAUGACUUGUGGUUUGCCACAAAACUAUUUUCACACCAUCUUCCGUUGUAGUUCUCUGCUUCAGAACUUCUGUACCUUUUUCUUGCAUGUAAUGCGUGUACCAUCCGUGUCACACGAGAAUGUAGCAGUUGUGCAGUUCUCUUCUUUUGCUAGAAAAUUACAGUCCAGGAGGUAAGAUGACUAUUCCAAAGGUUAUGUUAAAUUUUGUUUAACUUGGCAAAUCAAAAGUUUUUCUUAUUAAAUGAAAUAUGUAAACAAAUUAAAUACUGGAAAGGCAAAGGUUGUAUUUGAGCAUAAAAUGUCAGUGUCUUACAAUGCAUGGUGACCUCUUGCUGAGGGAGGUAUAGUCUCUUGUGUGCUCAUUGGAUGGUAACAGUGGUUCUUUUUUUGUGAUUUUAUUUUUGCUUCUCCUGAACUUUUAAAUCUUUAUUUUCUCUGAAAAACAUUAUCUUUUUCUUAUUUACAGAUUAAAGAAAUGUGGAUAAAUUUCA